AUGGCUCUGUUUUGUAGGAAGGGUUCUCUCACAGACUCCCCUCCCCAGGUCGAGGUGACUGUUAAGCGGUGUGCGUCCUGCCCAGAAUCCUGCAAGCCACUUUUUCUGCGCAAAAGCAGUAUACGACAACACUUGCUGCCAAGGCUCUUUCGGGCAAAGAAAUACAGCAAUCGCUUCGCAAGCGGGAAGUGGAACUCCGUUGAUGAUGUUACCCUGCAUUCUCUGAACUCGGAUUGUUCUAAGUUACUAGGCCAAACUGGAGGUGAGCAGAGUGGGCGGCAGGAGACAGAAGAUCUGCAGAAAAAAGAACUGUUAAAUACCGGGGAAUGGGCAAGUGUUAGUGUGCAGAAUUGCACCGGUUAAUGGAAGGGGGGAAAAAAACUGAACACCAAACAUGGCAGCCCUGCAUUGUCAGUUCAGAUUGCCUUUGUAAUCCCUGACAUUAUUAAGAAAUUGACAUUUCAGCAGCUGCAAUUCUAUGUAAUGUUAGGAGCAUUCUUCAUGCACCGCUAGGCAGAAUGAAGCACUCAUAAAAUAUCACAAAAAUACGGCCCCAGGAAAUUCAAAUCUCCACUGAUUGCCCACUUAGUGCUGCUCAGAGCAUAGUUUAUCAAUGAGUCCAUGAGUUCAGCAUGCUGGGCAUUGAAGUCCAGUUAUACAUUAGGCAGUGCUCUAUCACAAUGAUGACAGUAACACUCCUUCCCUUACUUCCUGCACGGACUGUAGCAACCUGUUUCAUUUUGACCUCCCUGUUUACUUUGUGUUUUACAAGGGCUGCUGCUACCAUAACAUCUGGAUCCAAUUCAAUCCAGCAUUCUGCCUCUCCUACAGGAAGCUGCUAAUCUUAUAGGGGCCCCUGGUCCCAAAGCUGAAUCUUACAUUGGCCUUUUACAAAGGUCAUUGUCACAGUCCCAGGGUGGUCCUUACUCUCUCUGUCCAGCACACCUGUGA